UGAUAAUAGUUAUUCUGUGAUAUAAAAUGCCAGUGAACGAGAAUGUAAUUCUUCUUGAUAUUGAAGGAACAAUUACAUCUAUUAGCUUUGUCAAAGAUACAUUAUUUCCGUAUGUCACUGAAGUCCUCGAGGAUUACGUUGAAAAACACUGGGACGAUGAGAGUUUUCAACAAGAUUUAGAAUCAUUACGUGCACAAGCUGUUGUUGAUUCCAAUAUUGAAGGUUUUGUACCGAUAUCUACUGGCGAUAAUGCAAAGAAAUCUGUAAUCAAUAAUGUAUUAUGGCAGAUGACCAACGAUAAAAAAACUACAGCUCUAAAGCAAUUACAAGGUCACAUAUGGAAAGAUGGAUAUGAAAGUGGUCUUUUAAGAGGUCAUUUGUAUGAAGAUGUAUUACCAGUUUUAAAUAAGUUAACUGAAUUGGGUAAAAAGAUAUACACCUAUUCCUCUGGRAGUACUAAAGCUCAAGAGUACUUAUUUCAAUAUUCCAUAUAUGGAGACGUGUCUGGUAUAUUUCUAAAAUAUUUUGACACUAAAAUGGGUCCAAAAGGCUCAGAAACCAGUUACACAAAUAUUGCUAAUGAAAUAAAUGUAAAUUGUAGUGAUAUUUUAUUCUUAACUGAUGUAAUAGUUGAAGCAGAAGCAGCUAUAAAGGCUGGUUGUAAUUCAAUUCUCUUGGUAAGGCCUGGUAAUGCUCCUCUGGAUCCUGAGAAAAGUUCAAAGUUUAAAAUUAUAAAGACACUAGAUGAAUUAUUAGAAACUUAGUACAAACAUAGACACACAUAAAAUACAUAUUAUGUGAAAACAUAAAAUAUUUAAUACAUAUCAUUAUUCAUCAAUAAYGUUACAUUUGUA